AUGGCUGCUGCUGAUGCUUCUUCUUCUUUGGGAAUGAUCUGCUUUGCUUCAUUGAUGUGCUUUUUUGCUAUGGCGAAUGCAAAAAUCCCCGGAGUUUACACUGGUGGCCCUUGGGAAUCUGCCCAUGCUACUUUCUAUGGCGGCAGCGAUGCUUCUGGAACAAUGGGCGGUGCAUGUGGGUACGGGAAUCUCUACAGCCAAGGCUACGGUGUGAACACGGCGGCGCUAAGCACGGCGCUCUUCAACAAUGGGCUCAGCUGUGGUGCUUGCUUUGAGAUUAAGUGUACGGACGACCCGAGGUGGUGUAAAGUCGGCAACCCUUCCAUUUUCAUCACCGCCACUAACUUUUGCCCUCCUAAUUUCGCUCUACCUAGUGACAAUGGCGGCUGGUGCAACCCUCCUUGCCCUCACUUCGACCUCGCCAUGCCAAUGUUCCUCCACAUCGCCGAGUACCGUGCUGGUAUUGUCCCCGUUUCCUUCCGCAGAGUACCUUGCCGAAAGCAAGGUGGAAUCAGAUUCACUAUCAAUGGAUUCCGUUAUUUCAACUUGGUUUUGGUGACCAACGUUGCGGGUGCAGGGGAUAUCGUGAGGGUGAGCGUCAAAGGCACCAACACCGGUUGGUUGAGCAUGAGCCGUAACUGGGGUCAGAACUGGCAGUCCGACGCCGUUUUCGUCGGCCAGCAACUCUCGUUUAGGGUCACCGGCAGUGACAGAAGGACCUCCACCUCCUGGAACGUUGCGCCAGCUAAUUGGCAGUUCGGCCAAACCUUCACCGGAAAGAAUUUCCGCGUUUGAAACGCAAAGCACAAAUCACAGUACCCCUCCCUUCAUAAUUUUUUAUAUAUAGAAUAUUACCUUUGUUUUCUGGCCCUUCAAUUUUCCUUAAUUUUCUCGGGAAAAUUUGAAGUGGUAAAAGGAAAAAUAGAUAGGAAAGUCACCAAGUGAAGUGUGACACUGGUAAUUUUCUUUUAUGGAACUAAUCUUCGGUUAAGUCAUGAAUGUUACGUUUUGUUUUGGGUGUGGAUUGUAAUGAAGCAGGCGGUAAUAGUAAAAGAAAUCUAGGUGAUGGUAAAAAAGCUGAAGCGGCAGCAAAUCAAAGAAAA